CCAUCACUGCAAUUUUUUCAAGGGAUACGCCAUCCAUUUAUAUAUAGAUAUCAGUAAUUAAAAACGAGAAAGUGUCGCAAAUUUCCUCCAUAAACCUCACUAUUUAAUCUUAAUUUUCAUUUUAUUAAUAAAUUUAAGUAUUCUUUUAUACAAUUCAAACAUUUUCCCCACAUAACUCUCAAAGAGUAACCCAAAAAAAGUGCACUAAAAAUUCAUACGGAAGAGAAGAAGAAAAAAAAAUUCGUUCAAUUGUCGGGGAGAAAAUUUUUUUUUUUUUUUAUUAUUCUUUUAUCACAAAAAAAAAAUCAAAACAGAGUUUUGAUUAAAUAAUUUUUUAUCAAAAAAAAAAAAAACAACCAAUUAGCAACAAAACAUUUUCCAUUUUUGUUAAAUAGAAAAAUGAUUUUGAGGAAAAAUAAUGAUCAGCAAAAGUUGUAGCAGCAGCACCCGCCGACGCAUUGUGUGACGAAUGACCUACAAAUUUAUGGAAAAAGAAAAAAAUCUUUAAAACGAGAAAACCAGCAGCAGCAAAAAUUCAAUUUUGUUCAACAAAAAAAACCAAUUGCUAAAAAAAAACUGGAUAGAAAAUUUGUAUAGACGAGAAAAAUAAAAAAAAAAAAAAACAAAAAAACAAUGGACAUCGAAACACAAGAAAUUCGUCUGGCCCGACAAAGAGCCUCUGUCAAAUGGCUUCUCUCGAAAGCAUUCAACAACCGAGUGCCAGAGAACCUCAAAGAACCCUUCUAUCGCGACAAUGAAAACCAAGAGCGACUCAAACCCCAAAUCACAGUAGAAAUGGGCAAUUCAACACUCUAUUGCCAAACCCUAUCGAACUUGUAUCUAGACCCGAAUUAUCAAAGUCUGAAUCACUGUUCGAUAUUACAAACACUAGCACGAAAAGGAGUACCAGUUAAAGAAUCUCCAGAUAUGCCAAUAACCGAAACCAUAUUAAUUCAAACAAAUCCAUUACGAAUCAACGCCCACAUAUCUGUGAUAGAAUCAUUGAUGAUUUUGUAUGCAAAAGAGAUAUCAUCUGGCGAUCGAAUACCAAAUGCCAUAAAGAGAAUUUGUGGCGGUGGCGGCAAUUUUCAAAUGGCUAGCGUUCAGAAUUGUGAACAGUAUUUGUUGGCAUGGAUAUCGCAUGUUUGUGCUUCGUUGAAGAAACGCAUUGGCCAAGAAGUCGAACGCGGUGCAACCGACGAUGAAGGUGUUCGCCUUCAAGUACCAGACAUUCCUCCGAUCCGCGAUUUUCAAGAUUUAUGCGAUGGCGUUUGCUUGGCUUUACUCAUUUCAUACUAUUGCCCUAAAGUUGUUCCGUGGACAAGUGUAAGGAUAAAUUAUUUGCCAGCUGUUGCAGAUUCAAUUCACAACGUUUUAUUAGUAAGUAAUUUUUCUCAAAAACAUUUGCCAUACUCUGUUUUUCAUAUGACCCCGGAGGAUAUAACUUAUAUGCGUGGUUCGAUGAAGCCAAAUUUGAUUGCACUCAUGGCUGAUUUGUUUAAUUUGUUUGAGAUUCAUCCAGCUAAAUGUGUGUGCUAUCCUGGUAUGGAUGCUCAGGUGACUCGAUCAGCAUCUGAGAGUGUAAUCCAUCGUAGGCCCACUCCACCGAGGGAUUUCCGUUCGGUUGAGGAGAAUAACUAUUCGCCGGUGGGUAAUGAUGAAGGUUUUGUAGUUCAUAAAAGUCGUGGAGUUGCAACUUUGUCAUCGGUACAGAAUCAAGAACCAUUGGUUCCGGCACGUUUGCGUCAGGCCAAAGAGAAGAUUAAUUUGGAGACGAAAGCAGACGAAAGGGGUGAUUAUGUACCAGCUGGUCGACCAAGCAAUUGGGAAGAUCAACGACGUCCGAGUUAUGCAGGACGAAGAUCACGACGCAAUUCUUCCAGUGAAGAUUCUCAACUGACUAUAGAGAACUUUGGUGGGUCACAAGAUCAGUUGAAUAUGAUUGGGCGAGGUAUCGAACGAGAUCGUGAUCGAGAACGUGAGAGGGAAAGAGAGCGAACACUUUCAAAUGCAAGUAUUGAGCCGGCUGUUGCAGUAAGAUCGUCAAUUGCCGAUGCUAGAGGUACUCUACAACUUGGCUAUGAUACCGAUUCCGGUUCAGAAAAACAAGAUCGCGAAACGGAAAAAACAUCAAUUAGACGCCAAGGAAGCGUUGAUAAUAUAUCAUCACCUCGCAAUACCAAACAUUCCAACAAUAAUAAAAAAGAACUUUCAGACGGGGAUUUAUCAUCACAUAGCGGUUUGAAUAAUUCAAAAACAAAUGUCUUCAAUAGCGUCAGUUCAGUAGAAGAAACAACAACAACAACACCCAAGCGAAAGACAUCUUUUGCUGAAUUACCAUCUAAUACGACAACUUGGCAUCAACAGUCGGCUUUGCAACAACAAACUGAUGAUAAUGAAUUGUAUCCCGAAGAUGAAAGUCGUUCGGUGGUUGAUGCUUCGAAACUGACUACAAUUCGAUUGAAACUUGAAGAGAAACGUCGUAGAAUUGAACAGGAAAAACGUAAAAUUGAAGUUGCUCUCUCGAAACAUCAAGAGAAGGUGGGAAAAGCAGCUUUUUUACAAGCUAUUAAACAACCCUAUGGUUCACAGCAGCAUAUUCCAGAUCAAUUUAGUCGACAACCUGUGCAGCAGGCUUUUGGAUCGACUCCACAAAUUCCACAUGCUUUCAAUUCUACUCCCAGUUAUAAUUCCCAGCCAACAAAUUCCGAGCCUCCUUAUGUUCAACAUCAACCACCACCACAAACACAUCAAAUUCAGCAACAACAACUUCAUCAACAACAAAAUCAACAACAACAGCAACAUCAACAAAUUCAACAACAACAACAGAUUCAACAACAUCAACAACAACUUCAACAACAACAUCCACAUCAACAACAACUAAAUUCACAACAACAACCACAACAUAUUCAGUAUAUAAACGAGAAUGGCCAAUAUAUAAACCAACGUCCAGUGUCAAUGUCCAUGCAGAAUCAAUCGCCAUUCAUGCAAAAGCCACAAAACAGUCAGCAGCAACAGCAACAGCAGUCGAUGAUGUUCAACCGUGGAGGAGUCGGUGGCGUUGGAGAUGGUCAAAUGGAAAACGGUGGCUACAACAAGCAUGGCAGUCAGCAAUUGCAUCAUAUUCAAUAUCCAAUCGAACAUACUCAAUACCAGUCACAUCAACAACAAUACAUCAGCCGUCCACCAGAGUACGAACAUUAUUCUCCUCAACCACAACAUGUGCGCGAUCACAAUUCGCCACAGCCGCCAAAUCAAUAUUACUUAUACGAAUCGUCACCGCAGCCGACACACCGAAAAACUUGGGGUCAACCCGAACAAGUUCAUCUUCAACAAACUCACUAUCAACCACAACCCAUACAAUUGAUCGAUAUAAAUGCAUGGCAGUCACAAACUCUAUCACCUAAACUCAACAGCAGUGAACCUGGUGCUUGGAAUUCUCCCUCAAACCAUCAACAGAAUAGCAGUGCUGGCAGUGGAUUCAUGUUGCAUCAAAAUGAAGAUAACGAUUAUUGUCACCAGGAGAAAUCCUAUCAGAAUCUAUUUCAGGUACACCAGCCAAAUACUCAAAGUAGACAAACACCACCCAGAUCUAUGAUGGCCAAUCACAUGGAGAGUCGUCAAAUGAAAUCAUCGCCUGUACCACUUCCAUAUGAUGAAAUGGCACCACAGAGUAUUUGUUUCAUUGGCGAUGAUGACGAUGUCGUGGAGCAGAUUGAAAUGAACAUCGAAUCGGCCAACAUGCGAAAGAUGGCUGACUUCAAUCAAAGCAUGCGACAACAGAGAGGUUUGAAUAUAACAAGUGGCAGCUUGACUUACAGGAUACCAUCACCAUCUAGACCAAGUCUAAAUGCAAACAGUUUUCAAGAUCCACAAGAAGAAACCACAAUUGAGAAAGGAUUUUACAUCUCCUUUGAUAAUGAUCAGCCAAAAAGACCCAAACCUCCAUUGCGAACCAAACGUUCACCUAAAGUCGAAAAGAGUUCAGAUACCAUUGAUAGAGGACAAAAACUGCCAAAUAUCUAUGAUAAAUCUGAGAUUCAGCGCAAUAGUAGCAAUUUCGAAAAUAACAAUGCCACAUAUAACAAAUACAAAGAUGCGCCCAUUCAACUGCGACAAAUUGUUGAAAGUCACGAUUCUAAAGCGCUCGAUAGACGUCAUUUGGAAGAUGUUACAAAGAAACAACAACAAUUGCAGAAUUCUUCAACACAACAGCAGCAGCAUCAAUUGCAAAAGACAUUUAGCAUGAUGCAAUUGAACGAACCAAAAGAGAACAAGGCGUUGCUAAUUGAAACGGAAAUUUCCAAUUUGAAUCCAGAAUCUGUCGAUGAAAUGGAGCGCAGGAAGGAGAAAAUAAUGUUGCUUUCGCUGCAGCGGCGUCAACUGCAGGAGGAGGCAAAGGCACGUAAAGAAAUUGAGGCGAUGCAGCGUCGUGAAAAAGAACAAGAAAAGGAAGAAGAACGCAUGCGAAAAAAAGAAGAACAAGCAGCACGAAGGGCUGCAAUUCUCGAGCAACAUAGACUGAAAAAAGCUAUUGAAGAAGCCGAACGUGAGGGCAAGGUUAUUGAUCGUUCGGAUUUACCAUCGCAAAAUCAGACACGCAUACGUAUGCAAAAACCGACUCGUCCACGUCCGAAAACAAUCCAUGUCGAAACUAGUUCGGUUGAUUUGAAUGAAGGUUCUACAACAUUGAGUUCCAGUCGUGGCAAAAAGGGCUCGAUCACAAAUCUCGCCGACUAUAGUCAGCGAUCGAAAUUAACACGAGAUUUAUAUAGAGGCUCACAAGACUCUUUAGCUAUGAAAGCACCUGGUGCGGGUCGAGCAACACCGCCGCGACGUGCACCGUCACCCGGAAUGGGUUCAUCGGGUCGACACAUGCCUUCGCCGACAGGACCAGGCUCACUUCCGCCCGGAUUGGUGUCAAAACGUCGUGGCAUCGAGGAUAGUUCAAGUGAUAUAUCUUCGUCGAAUCCAAAUUCCAUAAUGGAAUAUUCGGGUCCGAAGCUCUACAAACAACCAGCGGCUAAAUCGAAUCGCGGCAUCAUAUUAAAUGCCGUCGAAUACUGUAUAUUUCCUGGCGCUGUAAAUCGCGAUUCCAAACAAAAAGUUCUCGAAAAGAUUGCCAGAUCCGAAGCAAAACACUUUUUGAUUUUGUUCCGUGAUGCUGGUUGCCAAUUUAGAGCUUUAUACAGUUUUGUGCCAGAAUUGGAACAAGUUUUGAAAUUGUAUGGUACUGGGCCUAGUCAUGUCGACGAAGUCAUGUUUGAUAAAUUCUUUAAAUAUAACUCAGGCGGUAAAUGUUUCUCCCAAGUUCAUACAAAGCAUCUGACAGUCACAAUCGAUGCAUUUACAAUACAUAAUUCAUUAUGGCAAGGAAAGAAAGUUCAGUUACCAAGUAAAAAGGACAUGGCACUCGUAAUAUAAAUUUUAAAUAAAACAACAAAACAAAAAAAGACAUUUGUUAUCUUGGAAUAUAAUUAUUAAAUUGAAAUACGAUAUUUAAAACAAAACAAAAAAAAUUAAACUACAGCAAGAAAAAGGAUGUUUAGUUUCUUAAUAAUAAGCUUUGAAAAUUAAUACGCAUUCUUCAAAAAAAAAAUAUUGCUGCCUAUGCCGAACUUUUAAUUAUUUUUUUUUCACAGACUAUGAUUUAUAUUGUAAUAAACAACAAAAACAAAAAAAAAAAAAACAUAUUUAAAAAAAAUAAUAAUUAUUAUUAAAAACUAACAGGACUGUCAUUUAAUGAAUAUAAUAAUAAUAAUAAUUUGGCCAAGUUGAUUUCUAUGUUUUGUGUAUUUCGACUCGACGAAUGUGGUUCCUCUUCGGCUCGUUUGUAUAUGGUCCCGCAAAAUGGCAAUGAAGCACAGGAUAUAUCCCAUUAACUAUAUCCCGAUGCUUAACAAGAUGACGUUAGGACUGGGAUUAUUGCUUGGUGUCUUCCUCCGCUGGGAUCAUAUCUUUUGGGAAAUGGCACAAAAACACAAUAGAAGAAUAUUGAAUACAAAUUUAACAAUGAUAUAAUAUGACAUAUUUAAAAAAAUAAAACUUACGUUAUUUGGUUUCAGAAGAUUGUCAUCAUUGAAAAUCUGGCCAACCUAUAAUAUAUUGAGAUCAAAUGAUUUGCUCUCCAGAUCCUGAAAAGACAAAGGCAGGAUUCUUGCGGUGUGCACAGGUCAGGAGAACAUGCGAC